AUAGAUUAGUGGAAAGCUCUGUCAAUGCUUAACCCUUUAAGGCAAAGCAUUAUGGGACAUUUGUUCACUGUGCCAGCAUGUGUGAUGGAGGUGGACAUCCUGGAGUUCAAGGUUCCCAUGGAGAACAACAAAACUCUGUUUGUGUGGGGCAUCCAGCCAUCUCACACUGAAGCUCACAUCUAUGACAGGUUGCAUCGUGUGUUCUCCUCCUUCGGGCCCCUCUACCUGUUGAAGGUGUGUCCUAACGCUCCCCUCAGCCCGCCCGGGUUUUACGCCCUCAUCAAGUUCUACUCCGCUGCUCAGGCCUCGAAGGCUCAACGGCAGACUGACGGACGCUCGCUGUUCCAGGACUCUCCCGUCAAGGUGAGGCUGAGCUCCAAACAGACUCCUCACUUCAUGUCAGACAGCAGCAAACUUCUAAGCCACGCCCGCUGUGUGGAUCUGGCCAAUAACUGCCUGGGAUUCAACGGCUGGACCUCUGACAUCAUCACACUGAAGGAGCUGACUGAUGAAGAUGAAGGUGUGGAGCAGGAGGAAGAGGAGGGUGGAGACGGGGAGAGGACACUCAGGUUUGGCUGCUUGCUGCAGCUCUCCUUCCCUUCUCAUGGACAGAUGGCCAGAGCAUCAGCUGUGGUGGAGGAACGCUUCAUCUGCACAGGUCCAGAUGUUCUUCUGCAGAGACGUUGUAAACUACAGAAGGUGGUCAGAGAGAAAGCUUUAGCCCAGGCCUUUUCUACAGUCCUGUUCAUACUACUAGGUAACGGUAAGGUGAUGGUGGAGGUGAAGCAGACGUCAGAUCAGCUCUUACCUGAGGAGUCAGAGGGAAUCCUGCAGGUAAACGAGUUCACUCAUGUUGAAGAUGAGUGGGAAGAGGAUGAAGAGUGGGACCUGACUGUAUCAUGAAAACACAGAGAGGUGCAUUCUGGGAAACACUGUGAGAGCUUGAUUUUAAUUUAUUCAAUAAAUAUUUUACUAUGAA